UAUUUAGAUUAUUUAGUUUCGUGUGUCGACAUGUUAACGAAACUCGUCCUAGCCGCCGUAAUGGCAGUUGGAGUUCUGGGGCACACUAUUCCCGAAGAGGACAGAUGGAUUAAUGCGCUCCUCACGACUGACUUUUGCGAAAGUGGCAAGUUACAACAAGUUCAGGCGUCCAUGUCAACAUUCCAGCAAUGUAUUACAAACGUGUAUUCUGAUGAGAAUUUCAGGAAUGAGAUUAGAGCGGCGAAGAUAUACGAAGACGACGCCAAAAUUGUUAAGGCUUUCUGCGACAAAUCAGCACAGGUGAAGGGCUGCGUCCGACCACUUGUUACAAGUAUGACCCCGUGUUUCACGGCCAGUGGGUUACGUACUACACAAAAAGAGUUUGAUAAAAUAAUCGACUUCUUCUGCCUAAACGAUGGAGCUAACACAAACAUGUUCAUUAAGGAAGGUGGUUCAGAGUGUCUGGAACAGAAGCGAUUGGAUUUCGCAUCCUGCAAAAAUAACAAGACGCCCGAGAUCACUCGGCUCAUUGGUGUAUAUGGAAGUGGGAUGGCAGUUCCUGAAAAGGAGAGAUGCAAACUAGAGAAAAUAGAAAACGAAUGUGAUUUUGCUGCAGUGAAAAGCUGCGGGAAACCCAAUCUCGAGAAACUUUUGCAACGACUACUUGAAUCUCUCGAUUUCAACUGCGAGGAAUAAAUUGACAAAUACCUAACAGAAACCGGCUUGGACGAGAAGAAUCUUGGACAAGAAGAAGAAAGA